UGAUUAUAUAGCUGAAUUAAUUUCUAAUGCUGAAAAUAAUAAUGGAAUUUCAGUUGAGGUAUAUUUGGAUCUCAAUAAUGAUAUUUUUUCAAUAGCAAUGUUUGAUGAUUCUAAAACAAUAGUAAGAAUAAUUAUUGACAAAAUCGAAGAAGGGGAUGGUUAUGCCUGGACUGCUACAACAUCACCUAAUAUAUCAACUCGAUUUGAUAAUGUUGUUACGUAUUAUUUUGCAUGUUCUCAAUGUCAUGAAUUAGAGCGAAAAUAUAAAGAAUCAAAUCGAAAAAGAAUCACAAGGUUUGACUGUCACGGCAAAUUAAUUAUUCAUGUUAAUGUUCCUGCUAUAGAAGCAACAAUAAAACUUUGUCAUGAUAUUCUUCAUGAAGAACCAGAAGAUAAUACAGUAUUAGAAGAAGUUAAACAAGCGAUUCAAGCAAACCUUCAUUUGGACUCAGUACAAAUUUGA